AUGCGUCGCAGCACGACACGCCGGUACAGAGCGAGCUGGAUUGAGCAGUCAGUACUUUUCCUUGCACGUACUUGCUACCGAAUCGCGGCGUCUUGCGAGCUCGGAGAAAGCCAGAGCCGGCCAGGGAGAGCACCCAUCAUCGCAUCAAUUGGCAUUGCCUGGCUGCCCAAGAUGGCUGACAGAGGCUCUGCGCGAGGGGCAGGUUCAAAUAGAGGCGGACCAUCUCGAGGAGGCAAUGCACGAGGCGGAGGGCCCAACGCAGCUCGAAACGGGCCAGGAGGGGCGAGCAUACCGGAUAGGCCGAAGAAGGAAGCGAUUCUCGAGCUGAGCAAGUAUAGAGACCAGCGGAUCCGAGUCAAAUUCCUCGGUGGACGUGAAGUGACGGGCGUACUCAAAGGCUCAGAUCAGCUCAUGAAUAUGGUCCUGGACGACGUGCAAGAGCUCGUCAGAGACCCCGACACGCUUGCGCCGCUCGAUCCUGCGCAGUAUCGUUCACUGGGCCUGACGGUUAUCAGAGGCACCGCUAUCGUCGUCAUCAACCCUACAGAUGGGCAAGAAAUUGCGAAUCCAUUCGUACAAGCGGAAGAGUGA